UGGAUUGUCUAAGCCAUGAACAGCUUCAGGGCUGCCCUCUUCUUCUGGGUGGUGGCUACAUGGGCCAAAGGUGACAAGCCUCUGAGAGAGACAGAUAAAGCUGGAUUUCAAAACUGCAAGAAUGCCUUGAAGCUACCUGUUCUGGAAGUCUUACCCGGAGGGGGCUGGGAUAAUCUGCGGAAUGUGGACAUGGGACGGGUGAUGGGCUUGACUUACACUAACUGCAGGACCACAGAGGAUGGACAGUACAUCAUUCCUGAUGAAAUCUUCACCAUUCCUCGGAAGCAGAGCAACCUGGAGAUGAAUUCAGAAAUUCUGGAAUCCUGGGUGAAUUACCAGAGCAGCACCUCCUACUCCAUCAACACAGAGCUCGGGCUUUUCUCCAUAGUCAACGGCAAGUUCUCCUCCGAGUUCCAGAGAGUGAAAACCCUUCAGGUGAAGGACCAGGCUAUCACUACCCGGGUUCAGGUACGAAAUCUGGUCUACACAGUCAAAAUCAACCCAACUUUAGAACUGAGUCAGGGCUUUCUAAAGGAGCUCUUGGACAUCUGUGACCGUCUAGAGAACAACCAGACUCGGAUGGCCACCUACCUUGCAGAACUGCUGGUCCUUAACUAUGGCACCCAUGUCAUCACCAGUGUGGAUGCCGGAGCCGCUCUCAUCCAGGAGGACCACAUCAGAUCCUCCUUCCUGCAAGACAGCCAGAGCAGCCACAGUGCCUUGACUUCAUCCGCUGGAAUUGUCUUCCAAAAUAUCAUCAACUUCAAAUUUGAGGAGAACUACACCUCGCAGAAUGCCUUCACCAAAAGUUACCUCUCAAACCGAACCAACUCCAGGGUGCAAAGCAUUGGAGGGGUUUCUUUUUACCCAGGCAUCACCCUGCAGGCCUGGCAGCAGGGCAUCACCAACCACCUGGUGGCUCUAGACCGUGCUGGCCUGCCUCUGCAUUUCUUCAUCAACCCGGACAUGCUGCCUGGUUUGCCAGGUCCCUUGGUGAAGAAGUUGUCUAGGACAGUGGAAAUGGCUGUGAGACGCUAUUAUACUUUCAACACCUACCCUGGAUGCACGGAUUUCAAUUCACCCAACUUCAAUUUUCAGGCCAACACAGAUGAUGGAUCCUGCGAAGGGAAAAUGACCAACUUCACCUUUGGAGGGGUUUAUCAGCAAUGCACUCAGCUCUCAGGGAAUGAAGUCAUCCUCCUGUGCCAAAACUUGGAGCAGAAGAAUCCACUGACUGGAGACUUUUCCUGCCCUUCUGGCUACUCACCAAUCCGCCUUCUAUCCCAGAUCCACGAGGAGGGUUACAACCAGCUGGAGUGCCAGCGCAAGUGUACCCUCCUCAUCUUCUGCAAGAGGGUGUGUGAAGAUGUAUUCCGGGUGGCAAGGGCUGAAUUUAGGGCUUUUUGGUGUGUGGCCCAUGGCCAAGUCCCUGAAUUCUCAGGACUACUUUUUGGGGGUCUCUUCAGUGGUAAGAGCAUAAACCCUGUGACAAAUGCCCAGUCGUGCCCGGCUGGCUAUUUCCCACUGAGACUCUUUGAAAGCCUCAAGGUAUGUGCUUCUCAGGACUACGAACUGGGAUACAGGUUUUCUGUCCCCUUUGGUGGGUUUUUCAGCUGUGCAGUCGGGAACCCCUUGGUGGAUUCUGCUUUAUCCAAAGAUUUAGGGACACCUUCUCUGAAAAAAUGUCCUGAGGGCUUCAGCCAACACCUAGCUCUCAUCAGCGAUGGAUGCCAAGUGUCCUACUGCGUCAAGUCUGGGCUCUUCACAGGAGGGUCCCUGCCCCCUGCCAGGCUCCCGCCAUACACCCGGCCACCCAUCAUGAGUCAGGCUGCCACCAAUACCGUCAUGGUGACCAACACUGAGACGGCGAGCUCCUGGAUUAAAGACUAUGAGACCCACCAGUGGAAGCUGGGAGAGCCACUAGAGCUGCGCAGGGCUCUGAAGGUCAUCCACGGGGAUGAGAGGGGUCUGUCGGGGGGAGCAGCAGCUGGGGUCACAGUGGCGGUCACCACUGUCCUGGCAGCUGCCAUUGCCCUGGCUAUCUAUGGCACGAGGAAGUACAAGAAGAGGGGAUACCAGGCUAUCGAAGAUGAGAGACAGAGUUUGGCUGAAGACACUGCAGUCACUAGAGAUGUCCCUCACCAAGAGCCGGAGCCAACUCCAGUCUAGAUC